AUGUCGGUGCCGUACAUGCUCUUCUCCUGGGUGCCCAAGUUCUUCUACUCGCAAUUCUUCAUCACGCCCCCCAAACCAACGCAAGACUGCACGGGCAAGACCAUUAUCGUCACAGGUGCAAAUGUCGGCCUCGGGAAAGAAGCGGCACGACACUUCGUACGCCUGAAUGCGGAAAAGGUCAUCCUCGCCUGCCGCAGUAUCGAAAAAGGCGAGGCUGCGAAGAAAGACAUCGAGGGCAGCGCCAAACGGCCCGGCGUCGUGGAAGUCUGGCCGCUGGAUUUGGGGAGCUACGAGAGUGUCAAGCAGUUCGCCGAGCGGGCGAGGACGCUGAAGAGGCUCGACGGCGUGGUGGAGAAUGCGGGCAUGUUGACGGACAAGUUUGCGCUGCUGGAGGGGAAUGAGAGUACUAUCACGGUCAAUGUCGUGUCGACCUUCUUGCUUGCACUUUUGCUACUCCCCAAGCUACGGGAGGUGGCAGGGGAGUUCAACACCGCUCCAACCAUUGCCGUCGUGAGCUCAGAGCUGCAUAUGGUCACCACCUUCCCCGAACGCAAGGCACCCUCUAUCUUCGCCGCGCUGAACAACGAGAAAGAAGCACGAAUGAGCGAUCGGUACAACUUGUCCAAACUGCUGGAGGUGUUUGCAUGCCGAGAGAUAGCGCGUCGACUAUCUGAGAAUCGAAUCCCAGUCACGAUCAACGCGCUCAACCCCGGCUUCUGCCACAGCGAGCUCACGCGAGAGAACAACAACAUCGGCGUGCGGGUGUUCAAGCGGCUCAUUGCCAGGACGACAGAAGUGGGAGGCAGGACGUUGGUGCAUGCUGGUCUCGGCGGCAAAGAGACGAGCGGCCGAUACCUCAACAACUGCCAGGUGACGCCUGCCGCUCCUCUUGUUGAAGGGCGCGAGGGCCCGGCGGUGCAGGAGAAGGUGUGGAAAGAGCUUGCGGCGAAGCUCGAGGAGAUUCAGCCUGGCAUUCUCAAGGCGCUUGAGCGGCGGGCUUGA